AUGACCAAAUACACCGCGGAGUAUAUGCUCGCCCAGGUCAAGGACAAUGUCGAAAUCACCGAUCCCACCUUGGAGGCCCUCAAGCUUUAUCCCAUCCCGGAGCUCGAGACGGAUCUGUCCAACCACGUUGAGUGGGAGCGUGCGUUGGACUUCCACCUUCAGUACUAUGGCCUGGAGGUGUUGGUUCGUUCUAUGAAGACUGAGUAUCCGCACGGUCCUGGUCGCAACGACUUCAAGACGACAGACCACUGGCACCGCUGGCAGCGUCAUUGCCUCCACGCAUACUCGAUUAUCUACUCACAGGCCGCAAAGGUUUUUAAGGCGGGCGAUCUGUGGAGCCGCUGGAACAUGACCUCUUUUUGUCCUCAUGUCCUCUAUCACGCGAUUAGCGAACACAUAUACGAGGAAUGCUACUAUUGA